AUGCUCCACUCUUUCGGCGAAGGUAUUCGCAUUCAAAUUAUUUAUCUGAGUGCCGCAUCGCUACUCAUAUAUCGCAUCGCCUUAAUAUUUUAUCGCCUUUGGUUCCAUCCGCUGCGCAAAGUUCCAGGUCCAUGGCUAAACGCCGCUUCGUCGCUUCCCUUUCGCUAUCAACACCAUAUCCAAGCCACAUGGACUCGUCAGACUCGAGAUAUGCAUAUGCGCUACGGAUCCGUCGUGCGCAUUGCUCCAGAUGUGCUGGCAGUUGAGGGGUCAGUCGCAUGGCCGCAGAUCUACCACCACCGUAGUGGCGGGAAUCCCGAGUUUCUCAAAGGGAAGAACUUUUUCUUUCCUGGGGAUAAAAUCACCAUCAUUGGAGGCAACACUACCGAGGUCCAUCGUCGACAGCGCCGCCAUUUGGCCCAUGCCUUCAGCGAGGCCGCAAUAUAUAAGCAGGAGCCCAUCAUUAAAAGUUAUAUUGAUCUUUUCAUCUCGAGAUUAAGAGAGCGAGCCGUGGUUGGCGAAACUUUUAAUCUUGUGCACUGGCUCAAUUUUACCACAUUCGACAUUAUUGGAGAUCUAGCAUUUGCAAACUCGUUUGGAAGUCUCGAGUCAAGCAAUUAUCAUCCCUGGGUCUUGGCCAUAUUCGAAAACGUCAAAGCCGCGAGCUAUCAAGGUUUCCUCCGCGCGUACCCCAUCCUAUCACUACUGAACUAUUUCAGGCCGGCAAAAUCUCUGCAAAAAGAAUUACAAAACCGAGAGUAUGCCGCUGCCAAGGCGCAGGCGCGCAUAAGCCAGGGAGCGGAACCCCAAGGCGGGCGACGCGAUUUCAUGACCUACAUGCUCCGAGAGAACCGACACGGCGAAAAGGGCAUAUCGGACGUGGAGAUCAUGGCCAACAGCGGGGUGCUCGUCGGGGCGGGAAGCGAGACCACGGCGACGGCCCUAUCGGGCUUUUUCUUUUACGCUGCGCAGAACCCGGCCAUCUUGGAUUCGCUCAAAGAGGAGGUGCGCUCGGCCUUUUCAGACGAGUCGGAGAUCAGUAUGCGUUCAACCGAAAAAUUGGUCUACCUCAAGGCCUGCAUCGAAGAAACACUGCGCGUCUACCCGCCAGCUCCGGAAAUCCCAGCUCGUAUAUCUCUUAGCGAUUAUAUAAAUAGACACUAUAUCCCUGCUGGCGUGAAUAAUUAA